AUGGAGUCUUUCAUGGAGGGUCUUGCUGGAAAGCGCGUGGUUCUGGCUGGAUGCGGAGGGGGAUGUGACGUGCUUGGGACUUCCGCGAUCUACCAGCAGAUCAAGGACAUAGCUCGACAGGUGGCGUUCUUCAGCCUCUCCUUUACGAAGGAUGGGCUGCUGUCUAAAACCUGCCAGCAGGUUGCACGAAAGUGUUGGCGGGUGGAUCCGUCGAACACAGCGAUCGCCGAGGAUCCGGGGCAGCAGGUCUACUUCCCGGAGGCUCGGAUGGCCAAGGCUACCGGGAUUCACAUCUACACCCUGUCCCAUUAUGCGACUUAG